AUGGCACAGCCGUUCAAUGAUGAUGCCAGCACGAAGCCCGGUGUCCAGACGGAAUACCGUGAUGUUAGCUCGGGUGGAAGCUCUACAAUAUCUUCCGCCGACACCAGCAGAAGAAACUCUGUGGAAAUCACCUACUACGGCCGCGAGUCUCAAGAUGUGACCGAACUACAUCGAGUUCCAACGACAAGAGCUCGUGGCGAUUCCCACAUGGGCGAAGCGCUGGAGAAGCUCGCGAGUACAAUGUCCCGGCCAGAACCACUACAUGAUGGUCGCGCAGAUCUCUGCGUAAUGCCCUCUCGACGAAGUGAACGGAGCACAACCCGUCAUUCCGUGAAGCAUAUGGCGGAUGUUGCUGAAGAAGAGCUGGGCUCGCCGAACACAUCCAAAUUCCAAGGCCGGCCCGCAGAACUCAACAGCUUGACUUCAGAAAUCAUUUUUGUCUUUGUUUGCUCCGCUGGGCUAUUGUUCUUCGCCUUCCUGAUUGGCGAUAUCACGGUCAACCAGGAGGCCUUCAAGGAGGCGCUAGGCAUCACCAACAGUGAGCUUCCAUGGCUUCUUGGUGCAUAUCUUCUGCCCCUGAGCUUGUCAGUCGUCAUCUCGGGAUCGUUGAGCGAUCUGGCUCCACCAAGAAUGAUCAUGGUCUUCGCCUUUGCCUGGUUAACCGUUUGGAAUGUCGUAGGCGCUUUCUGUGUCCACCCGUCGAGGGCAAUCUUGUUCUAUAUUGUUCGUGCCAUGCAGGGCUUAUCUAUCGGCGUGCUGGUCUCCGCAUCUAUGAGCAUCCUCGGCCGUGUUUACAACCCAGGUCUUCGCAAGAACCGUGUCUUCAGUGCGAUGUCUGCUACUUCGCCGUUCGGGUUCUGGCUGGGAUGUAUUCAGGGCGGGGCCAUGAAGUCGUGUCUAUACUGGAUAUUCGGAUCCAAUGCGAUCAUCGCCGGUCUCUGUCUGACUGCUGCUUAUGCCACAAUCCCUCCUCUCCGGCCAGUUGCUGACAUUGCCGGAACUGAGGCCCCUACUCUCCGCCAGUUCGAUUAUCUUGGCGCCUCCGCUGCGUCGAUUGGAUGUGUGUGUAUUCUCUUCGGACUGACCCAGGGCUCUGUGACUGAAUGGUCCCCAUACACUGCAAUUCAUGCUCCGCAUCCAGCAACACAGCCCUCUAACUGUCGCGCUCUAUCUCCUGCCCAAUGCUAUCGUCGGCGUCCUCGCGACUUGGGUCGUGAGCAGAACUCUCCACAUCAUUCCAGGUCAUUAUAUCUACUUUGUCGCGAUGCUAGCCUUCUCCCUGGGCCCCGCAUUCUUUCUCCCCCAGACCUCCGGUACGAUGUACUGGGCGAUGUCUUUCCCCGGGAUCGCCUUGUCACGUUUGGGCCGGAUCUUUCUUUCGCUGCGGCAUCAAUUUAUAUCACUAGCAACGUUCGACGAUCGUACCAGGGAAGUGCGGGGAGUUUGCUAGUGACGAUGCAGAAUCUGUCAUGUGCGGUCUUCACGUCCAUCGGUGAUGCUAUUGGGACGCAGGUUGAAAAGGACAUUGAUGGUAAUAUUGGCUUGACGGGAUUGCGAGCAAUCUGGUGGUUUGCGUUGGCUGCGGAGAUUGUCGCGGCUGCCAUCACCUUAACUUGGGUGCGCAUCCCGAAGGAGGAAGAGAAGGAGCAUGUUACUGAUGGGUAG